AUGGAACAACAAAGACCGGAACAAAACCCAAUAGUAGUUCAAAAACCACCGGAACGAAAACCAAUAGUACUUCAAAAACCACCGGGUUAUAGGGACCCAACCAUCCCACAAAAACCCCCUCCGCCGCGAAAACCGCCUCUCCCACCUUCUUUUCGACCAAAACCUAAGAAACGACAUUAUUGUCGCAUAUGUUGUUGCACAUUAUGCAUUCUCCUCCUCCUCUUCCUCCUCCUCUUCAUCCUCCUCAUUGCACUCUUCUACAUCCUCUACCAACCUUCUCUCCCUCAGAUUCACCUCGGUUCCUUCCUUGUUCCAGAUUUCAAGAUAACAACGAACGCAGACGGUAGCCAACUCGACGCAAAUUCAAUAACAAUGGUGUAUAUAAAAAACCGCAACACGAAAAUUGAAUGGCAUUUUGAUCAAAGUAGUGUUCAAAUAUGGGCGGAGAACGGCGACUUGAAUUUAGGUUCGACGAAGGUGGCGGGGUUUGACGUGAAAGUGAGAGGUAUAUCGAAAAUGAAAGUGGAAACGAAGGUUAGAGAUGAAGUAUUAGAUGGGAGACAGAAAAGAAGGUUGAAAAGUGUGAUUCAAAGUAAAGCUUUGAAACCUAGUGUGGAGGUUAGAACAAGAACAGGUGUUAAGAUUCAAGGUUGGAAAUCUAUGACGAUUGGUGUUACUCUUGUUUGUGGUGGGGUUACGGUGAGACAAAUUCAAAAUGGCGAUUCACCUCUUUGUUCCUUCACUAUUUUCAAAUGGUAA